AUGGCUGCUGCUCCAAGCGUGCAAUGCUUCGGCAAGAAGAAGACAGCUACCGCUGUCGCUCACUGCAAGCAAGGCAAAGGUCUCAUUAAGGUCAACGGACAGCCAAUCUCUCUGGUCCAGCCUGAAAUUCUCAGAUUCAAGGUUUACGAACCCCUCCUCAUCGUUGGCCUUGACAAGUUCGCCAACGUCGAUAUCCGAGUCCGUGUUACCGGUGGUGGCCAUACCUCCCAGAUCUAUGCCAUUAGACAAGCCAUCGCAAAAUCCUUAGUCGCCUACUACCAAAAAUUCGUUGAUGAGCACUCCAAGAACCAGCUCAAGCAAGCCUUCGUGCAAUUUGACCGAACUCUCCUCGUUGCCGAUAACAGACGGGCGGAGCCCAAGAAAUUCGGUGGUCCAGGUGCUCGCGCUCGUUUCCAGAAAUCCUACCGUUAA